AUGAUCUUCAUCGACAAAAUUUUCACGAAAACCACCUCCAAUCGUGUGUGUUUCACUGGAUCGUUUCUGUGCAAUGGUACUCAAACAAAAUUGGAUCACAAUAAUUGUACAGACUAUGAACAAUUUCAAUCCUUUUCAACUUAUCUGUUACUGUCAAAUAGCUUUCAAUGUCAAUAUUCUACCAUAAUCACAGCGUUGCACAGAACUGGACUAAUACCGAAUGAAUAUUCCUUCUACGUAUGUAAUGGUUCGAAUAAGAUCAUCUCAUUUCGUCUUCUAAAUGAUGGCUAUGCCGAUUGUUUAUUCAAAGAUAGACUGAAAUUGAACCAUAUCGAUAUCGUUGUUCCACAUCAUUUUUCUCCGAUUUUCGCCGAUUCCAGCAGGUUCCUUGCCGCCGGAACCGACCGUGCCAUAAUAACCUGGGCAGGUGAUGCAAUAGAACAUUUAUUAUUUGGAUUUCGUUUACAGUAUUAUGGUGCAGCACAACCAAAGUUCCAAAUUGAUGAUAUUAUUACUAAAACCAACAAUAUGAGGCGGUAUCGGAUAGUUCCUAUUGAUUAUCUCAAAAGUUUGUUUCAACCGGAAACUUAUCAAAAUGUGAAGAAUAUGUCGUAA